GCGAAGCCUAUUAACGAUGAUGCGGUCCUGCUGCGUCUCUAUAAAAAAAAUAUCAAAGAGUAAAGAAGAUGUAGAGAGAGAACUAGGGUUUCCGACCACGAGUCUCCAUUUUUGCAACGAGGAAGUUGUUCCUUUGGAUCUGCAGAUCGAGGUUCUUAGCCUUCUGCCUUCAAAAUCCCUAGCUAGGUUUAUGGCCGUAUCUAAAUCAUGGCAAGAAAUCAUCUGCAGCAAGAGUUUCAUCAGAUCACGAUCCUUGACUCAUCCUUCCCGUUUCCUACUCGCUUUACACGAUACAGAUUACGAAAACCGAAUCAGAAAGUGCAGCUUCUUCUCUUCUUCUUCUUCGCUGUCGUCGUCAUCAACAUCCAUACCGACCACUUUUCUAUCCAGAAUAAAUCUUCCAUACCGUGAUAUAGACUCGAACCCUACUUAUUACGUUAAUGGUCUGCUGAACAUUGGAGACAUCAUAUGUAACCCAUGCACCGGAAACACCGUAAAUUUACCAGAGCUUGUCGACAGAAGAACAUCUGCUGCUAGUAUUGCAAGGCCAGCCGAGCGCUUUUUCGGAUAUGAUCCCGUCAGUAAUCAGUACAAAGUAUUGUGACUCACCCCGUAUAUUGAAGGAGACACCAGAAAGAAUUACUUUGAUGUAUUCACAUUGGGAGCUGAGCCUAAAAGAUGGAGAUUUAUAGAUUGUGACAUUCCUCACACAACUUGGUCUGACGGUCUGUGUAUUGAUGGGUUUCUGUACUAUAUUGCCAGCGUGGACAAGGGAAUGUGUCUGAUGAGAUUCGAUCUCAACUCUGAGAAGUUUGAUAUCUAUGCUAGAUUAUCUGAGAAAAUGGAUACUUUGUUUUUUCUUGACAACGGUUCUAAAACUUUGAUAAACUACCAUGGCAAAGUAGCAAUGGCCAUUCGACCUUCUUACUCAGCGCCUUCAGUUGAUUUGUUCUUUUUCCAAGAAGGAAAACAGGCUUACAGGGGGAAGUCUUUUGAUAAUGUUCCCCAGCUUCAUUUACCUAUAAAAGGUGUUAUUAAUCAUAUGGGUGACAUUGUUUUUGAGCCUAUCCAUUCCAGAGGUGAGGUUAAUGUUAUCCACCACAAUCUCAAGGGAUCUUUUGUUAAGAAGAUGAACUUUGAAGUUGACGCGAAGAGACAAUGGGAAUUUGGGUCAAAUUAUUUCAUGGGUUACGUAGAGUCUUAUGCUGCUGUAAGCUAGAGAGAAUUGUUAUUAUUUUCUUCAUUUGCUAUGGGAUGUAAUGUAGUUGCCACUACAGUU